GGCUUUUCACGUGCCACGUCACGGAGGGGGGAAGAAACGGAUUCCUGAGUGCUGCUCGAAUUUCCUGCAAUCACAUCUUCAGAUUCACGGUCUACAGCGGACCGAGACGCUCUUUCUCCUUUUCAACACACUCAACCGGCUCUUCCUCAGAAAAUGAUGUUUCGAUGUUUACCAGCUGUGGUUUUCCUGCUGGCUGUAGUGUACUGUCAUGCCGAGCAGGAGGCUCAGAGUAAAUCAAAGGUGUGUGCCAAUGUGUUCUGUGGUGCUGGAAGAGAGUGUGCAGUGAAUGAUAAAGGAGAGCCCAGCUGUCUGUGCAUUGAGCAAUGCAAGCCCCAUAAGCGCUCAGUGUGUGGCAAUAAUGGAAAGACUUACCGGAACCACUGCGAACUGCACCGUGAUGCCUGCCUUACUGGUCUCAAGAUUCAAGUGGCCCAUGAUGGACACUGCAAAGAGAAGAAACAGGAGAAGGCUGCAGCCAGUCCAGUUGUGUGCUAUGUCGCUGAUCGUAAUGAGCUGCGCAGACGUGUGAUCGACUGGUUGCAGACAGAGGUUGUUCCAGAUGGCUGGUUCACCAAGGGUUCCAACUUUACUGAUAUACUUCUCAAGUACUUCAAGAAUUACGAUAACGGUGACUCUGAGCUGAAUUCUGCCGAGCUGCUUAAGUUCAUUCAGCACAACGAGACCGCAGUCCAGUUGAACUCUUACGCUGAUAAGGAGAACAACCACUUGCUCAGGAGCCUUUGUGUGGAUGCUCUUAUUGAGCUCUCCGAUGAGAAUGCUGACUGGAAGCUGAGUUUUGAUGAAUUCCUCAACUGCUUGAAACCAGGCUUCAGCCCACCUGAGAAGAAGUGCGCUCUGGAAGACGAGACCUAUGAGGAUGGAGCUGAGACACAGGUGGACUGCAAUCGAUGCGUCUGUGCAUGUGGAAACUGGGUCUGCACUGCCAUGACUUGCGAUGAGAAAACUCCAGCUAUUGAGACUGAUGGAGGUCAGGACAUGACAGAGGAGGAGUGGACCCGGCGCGUGGCUGAACUCAACAAGCAUCAGGAAACUGUGGAGAAGAUGAAGUCCAGCACAAAAGAGGUCUAAAACAAAAGACAAGCAGAGGGAGAUGUAGAAGAAAUUCCUCUCCUGCUGAUCACAAUCAGGACUCCUGAGAUUAUGUACUGUUAUUGGAAGAAAUACACAACUUUUUGAUUAAUAGGUUAUUUCUUAUUACUUUUAUUGCUGUCCUUAUUGCAUCUAUUCUUUGGUUAAUUUGUUUUAUGUUACAGUUGUACUUUUGUACGUAUUUCACAAUUAGCUUUUCACCUUUUUGUAUGUUGAUUUGUGUCUUUAAGUGCUGUAAUUUGUUUGAUUGUAUCACUCCAAACGUUGCCGAAGAGGCCUCAGCACUUUGUUUUCGGGGCCCUCUGUUUUAUUCACCAUUGUUUUAAUGUGUUAUUCUUUUUACCAUUUAUUUGUUUGUAAUAUGUGGAAAUAUGUUAUUUGUGUUUGAGACAAUGGCAAUAGAAGAAGAGAGAAUAGGAAAGAUGGGGGAGUGAGCUUGACAACCAAAGAUUACGAAGAAAUCAGCUAAGAACACAAACUGCUGGUUUUAUUACAGCUUCAAAACAAGAGAUGUCCUUUUUUACUUAGAUGGUGAAUAUUCAUAUAAAGUCACAUCAACUGAGGCUUGGUCAUGCCCACUCUCUCUCUCUCUUACGCUCAUCAUGGUGAAGACAGUCAUAGUCUUAAGACCUUUCGUAAAGGUGCUAAUGGUAGUAUUCCUCUCUUUUGCUGCUUUGUCCACUCGCUUUAGAUUGUAGGCGAUACAAAGGCCAGAAGCAUGCUUUAUGCAAGUACAUGCACACAGAUCUGAGCGCUUUGCUAACUCAUUGCUAACGUGCAAUCUGAACAUGUUUACCGCGUGUUUUUGCAUUAUGGUGGCAAUAGAAUUACCUUCAAAAUCUUUGCUAUUAAACUGAAUGUUUUGUUAUUCUUCAACUGUUGCUCCGCCAUGACAGUAGUUAGCUUAAAAGAGAAGACUCACCGUAGAAGCAGAUAGUUCACACUAAUGUCCGCUAUAGCGCAUCUUGUGGCAACGUUGAGACUGCAGCACAUAAUUACGUUGCGUUCUGAAUUGCGGUCUUACACAUUUUGAAAUGCAACAAUGCAAAAAAUCAAGCUUUUGCGUAGCUAGAUGCGUCUGCGGUCACAUACUUGCGUAGAGUGUUUUUUGGCCUUAAAGGGAUAGUUCAUCCAACAAAUUAAUAUUCAAUAUUUACUCGCCCUCAUGUCAUCCCAGAUGUUUAUGACUUUCUUUCUUCUGCUGAACACAAAUGAAGAUUUUAGAAAAAUAUUUCACCUCUAUAAAUUCAUACAAUGCAAGUGAAUGGUGGCCAGAAUUUAGAAGCUCCAAAAAGCACAUAAAGGCAGCAUAGUGGUUUAAUCCAUGUCUUCUGUAGCUAUCCAAUAGGAUUUGAGUGAGAACAGAUCAAAAUAUUACUCCUUUUUCAAUAUUAACCUUCUCCUUGGCGAUCAUGAUUUCAAGCUCGAUUACACUUCCUAUAGAGCCAUAUAGUGCUCUGCACGUGAAUCACUAGGAAGUGUAAUCGAGCUUGAAAUCAUGAUCAUGCCUAGCGAUUGCAAUGUUCAGUGAAAAAAGGAGUUAUAUUUUGGUUUGUUCCAACACAACAAAACCGACUGGAUCUUUUCUGAAGACAUGGAUUAAACCACUGGAGUCGAAUGGAUUUCUUUUAUGCUGCCAUUAUGUGCUUUUUGCAGCUUCACAGUUCUGGCCACCAUUCACUCCCAUUGUAUGGACCUACAGAGCUGAAAUAUUGUAAAAAUCUUCCUUUGAGUUCAGCAGAAGAAAAGAGUCAUACACAUCUGGGAUGGCAUGAGGGUGAGUAAAAGAUUAGAGAAUAUUAAUUUUUGGGUGAACUAUCCCUUUAAUUAGGACAUAAGACUUUAGAUGUGGGAACAGCAACAGAGACAUGAAGUGUUAAAAUGUGGCUCAGUGGAGAGAGCAAGUAAUACUUUUGAAUUAUACAGCUGAAUUGCGUAAUUUCUGUGCCACUAGAGUUACCAAAUGGAAUUGUACACAUAGUACAAACUCACACCACUGGAUGGGCCCAUGAUGUUUUGUAAGGCUGGUCAGGAUGCUCAAAUAAACAGAGCAGUUGUAUUAGUGCCACAGUGUUUACAAUUUUUGAGGCAAUCAACUUACAAAUGGCUUACUCAUAAUUGUCUCUGCAUAUUAAGCUGGGAUAGGAGUAUUUUAACGCUGAAGUAAUUACACACUCAAGUUUUAAUAUCAUACUGGGGCGACAAACAUGAUCUUUCUUCUGUGACCAUGUCAGCGCAGGUCUUGAAUUAGAUUAGGUCACCUCCUUCAUAGAUUAGAACACCUUUGCUGUACAAAUGCAUUAGCUAAACUUGAGCUUAUACUGAUGUUAGUUGCUAAAGGCAGUUUAUGUUGAAACUCAAACUGUGCUCAGUCCCACACUGAUGCGUUUUUUUAACAGGUAAAAAUAAACCAACAAGACAGAAAUCCAAUACAUAGUGGACCUGAACUGAGGUUAGUCAUGUUCUAUCAACUAACCAGUUGUUUUACAGAGAAACGACUGAGUGCAGAGAGAGUGACCUGAAACCAAAGCCUGAUGUUUAAGAUUUUUAAAAUGUACGAAAA